GAACGAGUCUUUGCCAGUUGUUUUUUCCGGCUGCCACAAGAUCGGAAAAUAUUUUAUGCGGGUUGUCCCGAUUUCAUUACUCUCACAAGUGAGAGGACUGAUUCGAAGAGGACCAUCUUCGCGAUGGUACGUGGUUCCUGCAUUUGCCCGGACGAACCCUACAAUCUCAUACUCGGAGCAAGUGAAAGAAGGUAACUUUGAUUGUAAAGCAUUGGACUUUAAUGAAAUUGGGGUUCUUCGAGUAUCAACUAGUAUGAAGGAUGAUCCUUAUCUUGCUUUAUCGUUUCUGAAACGAAUUGAAGGAAAUGUGGCUUUUUUGCCUAGUGUCCAAGCUUAUGCAACUGUUAUCAGAAUUGUUUGUGGUUGGGGUUUGGAUCAGAAAUUGGAUACUUUUCUUGUGGAACUCGUUAGAAAAGGAGAUGCAGGACGCGGUUUCAGUGUCAUGGAUUUGUUAAAGGCCGUUGGAGAAGCAGAAAAAGAGGGAAAAGGGUCAUUGCUGUUGUUGAGCAGGCUCUCUAGUGCCUUGGUUAAAGCCUACGCUAGUCUUGAAAUGUUUGACGAAGCUAUCGAUAUUUUCUUCCAGACUAGUCCCCUAGGAUGUGCUCCAGAUAUAAAAGCAUUGAAUUUUUUGAUGAACCGUAUGAUUGCUUCUGGAGAAAACAAUAUGGCGGUGGCUAGUUUCAUGAAUGAGGAUACAAAAGGAGUAGAGAAGCUUCUUAGUAGACUGUUAAACUCAGAGACGAGGAAGCCUUGCGUGUUUUAUUUGAAUUUCAUUGAAGGACUAUGUUUAAAUCAGAUGACAGGUAUAGCUUAUCUUCUACUUCAACCAUUGAGGGAUGCAAAUCUUCUGAAGGAAGCCUAUGCUCUUUUUAUAAGGAUGAAGACGACGGGAAUCAAACCUGAUGUGGUAACAUGCACAGUUUUGAUCAAUAUUCCAAAGUUAGAUACGAAGAGGGAAAUGAAGGCCUUUGAUGUUAAACCAGACAUUGUCUACUACACGGUUUUGAUUGCUAAGCAGUGCAAGGUUCAGGAUCUUCUAGAGGCGGAAAGGAUCUUUGCUGAAAUGAUUGAAAGUGGAUUGGUGCCUGAUGUUGUGCCGUACACAGCACUAAUAGCUGGUUGUUGUAGGAAUGGAUUCAUACAUAAGGCGGUCACACUUAUGCAAGUGAUGUGGGAAAAGGGUAUUGAGCCAACUAAAGCUUCCCUGUCUGCAGUACACAAUGCUAUAUUAAGGGCCAAGAGACUUCGCUCUAGAAAAUGAUUCGAGAAUUUAUGAAGAGAGCCUAUAUCUACAAGGUCAAGUGAGAAUGUGGAAACACGGUUAUAGGUAUCUAACAGUGUGAGAAGAUUUGCAGUAAAAUCGCCUAAUUCCU